AUGGGACUCGUAGUUCUGCAGGCCCGCCCAAUGUCCCACCGGAAGUUCUCUGCCCCUCGGCACGGACACCUGGGCUUCCUGCCCCACAAGAGGAGCAGCCGGCACCGGGGCAAGGUGAAGACUUGGCCUCGGGACGACCCCAGCCGGCCGGUGCACCUCACGGCUUUCCUGGGCUACAAGGCUGGCAUGACGCACACUCUUCGAGAAGUGCACCGGCCGGGGCUCAAAAUUUCGAAGCGGGAGGAAGUGGAGGCAGUGACGAUUGUGGAGACGCCGCCUCUGGUGGUGGUCGGCGUUGUGGGCUACGUGGCCACUCCUCGAGGCCUGCGGAGCUUCAAGACCAUCUUUGCAGAGCACCUCAGUGAUGAGUGCCGUCGCCGCUUCUACAAGGACUGGCACAAGAGCAAGAAGAAAGCCUUCACCAAGGCCUGCAAGAGAUGGCGUGACGCCGAGGGCAAAAAGCAGCUGCAGAAAGACUUUGCCGCCAUGAAGAAGUACUGCAAAGUCAUUCGCGUCAUUGUCCACACUCAGAUGAAGCUGCUGCCUUUCCGGCAGAAGAAGGCCCACAUCAUGGAGAUCCAGCUGAAUGGCGGCACGGUGGCUGAGAAGGUGGCCUGGGCCCAGGCCCGGCUGGAGAAGCAGGUGCCGGUGCACAGUGUGUUCAGCCAGAGUGAGGUCAUCGAUGUCAUUGCUGUCACCAAGGGCCGGGGGGUCAAAGGGGUCACGAGCCGCUGGCAUACCAAGAAGCUGCCACGGAAGACCCACAAGGGACUGCGCAAGGUGGCCUGCAUUGGCGCCUGGCACCCUGCCCGUGUGGGCUGCUCCAUCGCUCGGGCCGGGCAGAAGGGCUAUCACCACCGCACGGAGCUCAACAAGAAGAUCUACCGUAUUGGCCGCGGGCUGCACACGGAGGACGGGAAGGUGGUCAGGAACAAUGCGUCCACCAGCUACGAUGUGACGGACAAGUCCAUCACGCCGCUGGGCGGCUUCCCCCACUACGGGGAAGUCAACAAUGACUUCGUCAUGCUGAAGGGUUGCAUCGCGGGCACCAAGAAGCGGGUCAUCACGCUGAGGAAGUCCCUCCUGGUGCACCACAGCCGCCAGGCCCUGGAGAACAUCGAACUCAAGUUCAUCGACACCACCUCCAAGUUUGGCCACGGCCGCUUCCAGACGGCCCAAGAGAAGAGGGUGUUCAUGGGUCCCCAGAAGAAACAUCUUGAGAAGGAAAAGUCCGAGACCUCGAGAGACCUGUAGGCGGCUUGGGAUGGAGGGAGCC